AUGUAUCUACAAUUGAUGGAUAUUGGAAAAGUAAAAGGAGAUGAUGAAAACGUGGAGCAUAAUGGUGAUACUGUUGGAUUUCGAGAGACUUUUCAAUUCUACAGGGGAAAACCUGGUAGCAGUAGUAAGACAUCUUGGCUUAUGCAUGAAUUUAGAGUGAUUGAUCAUCUGCCCAGUGUUGAAGGUCAAAAAAAGUUGGAGAAUUGGGUUUUGUGUGAGAUAUGGAACAAGGAGAGAGGCUGGUAUUAUGAGAACAAGUUUAUUAUUAUUUUUUUUCCCAAAAAAGUCCUACAACUUGAGGAAGAAGAGACUGAUUAG